CGCGGCCCGUGAACUCGCCCGCGGACGGCGUGACGGUGGCCUUAUCUGUAUCCACACACGACCCUGUGCAGUUUGCAUUGCAGCUGCUGGAGUUGACUUUGGUACCGAACUUUCUGACCGCGACGGACACCAAAGCACAGGAUAGGGCUGCGUUCGCCAUCCAGGAGAUACUGAAGUAUUGCAAGUUUCAGCGCUCGAUUAAUCGAG